AGCGCCCUUUAACUGACCUUUAAACAGAUUUCAGAACUCUCAUAAAUGGCUCGCGAAAUGAACUUCGGACCAAAAUGGAUUCGACAGAUGUACGAAGAAAAACCCGGAGAGACCGAUACACAAUCUGCUCCGAAGCCACAGCUCGCAAAAUAUCGAUAUGGUUAUGAAGAAAUGCUAAUGUUGUUACCUCCAAAAGCAACCGCAAUAGAUGUUCUUGUUGGACAAGAAAUUCAUGUACCAGAAGGUAGAGAACCCGCUUUUCAGCAGACGUUCCAACCUUCAAGCGCUGGUGACUUUUCUUCGAGGCAAACAUCAUUUGGUUCUAUACGCAAAAAUAGGAGGCCUGACAACAAUUCGAAUUACGAGCGUUUUAAUUCUGACAUUAACCCUCCUUUUUCCAGUCAAGAACCUCCCGGUACUGUUAAAUGCGAGGACUUAGAAAAUCAAAUCGAACGGAAGCCUCCUGCUUUUGUUUCCUCAAAGUCCAGACCGGAAGGCAGUGACGCUUUUGAAACGUUAGCACGAGGUCAACUUCCAGUAAGGACUCCUGCAAGCGAAGAGCGCGAUAUAAUACAUCCAAAUCUUGAAACGCAACAGAAGUCAAAGUCGCUUAAAGAACCUCCUGACAUAAGAGCACCGCCAGUCGUUGAAGAAAAAGUUAGCCAGUCACCACCACCAGAAUUUAUUGGACCAGAAACCCACAAGAAACCAACGGUGGCCAGUAAACCCGCGGAAGAAGAUACUCUAGCUGUGACAACUUGCGAGGAACUUGAGAAAAUACUGAACGGAGCUCCUGGUCCUCCGGUUCAGAAAUCAUCAGCACCAGAUUUUCUUUCCUCGCAGCCUACUAAUUUUUUAGGUUUUCCAUCCCAAUUCACGACAACAGACAAUGGGCUUACUGACGCAACACAGACAUUUACCUUGAAUCUAUCGAAGGAAUUGUCAAAUUUCCACAAAGCAGAUAACGUAUUUAGUUUGAGUGACAUCGAAAGUCCUGAUAAAGAUUUUCUCAAUGGCUUGCUAGCUAGUCCGCCUAAAAGCUCAACAGUUCUCGAUAAUUUCUUAACGAGUAACACAAUUGAGCAAGAACACAGACCACCCGAACCUAUAACUGCUCCACCCCCAACGCCAAUUGCACAACAACCUUCACAAUAUCCUCCCCUUCCUACGGAUAUACCACUUCCAGACGAAGAAGUUUGGAUGUAUAUCGACCCCAAGGGUAGAGAGCAAGGACCCUUUACUUGUUCGGCGAUGUCGAGAUGGUAUCGCAAUAACUUUUUCCCCGACACAUUGCCACUGAGAAAAGUUACAGAAUCAGAUUACAAAUCUCUCACCAUAUAUCUUGAGAAGUAUGGCGAUGCUCCAUUCAAUCCUGGAUUCCUGGAACGUCAGAAAAGAGAGCAAGAAGAAAGAAUGGCAAGAAACAGACGUCCUCAACAACAUGCGGUGAAUGGCGUUAUUGAACCGAACAACAAUUUUGAAGAUAUCCAGCGGAAACUGGCGGAAACCGUGCCGUCCUUCAAUCAUAAACAAGAGAAAAUGAAAAUGCCUGUAAAAGUUGACAUCGACGAAAUGGUUUUUGACAAUCAAGACGAUUUUUUGCCCGUGCAGUCAAAGAGAAGCCCUCACAAGUCAGCUACUACUAAGAAAGAACAAAAGCCUGGCAGCACAAAGCAGGCGAAGGCGGGCAAAACAAAUGCACAGGAGAUUGACUUGAAGGCAAUGUUUGGUUAUGGGUUUCAGAAUCAACCAUCUACCUCUCAAACUGGCUCCGAUAGUACGAUUUCUUUCAAGUCAAUGUCAUUGGAUGAAAAUCCACCGCGACCGAAACCAAUGGCAACAGCACAGAAGUCGCUUCCUACAUCCCAGAAUACUACCAUGAUGCAAAUCACAAGUGCAGCUGAUCUUGAAAGCAACUGGUUCUCGAACUCGACUGAGGCACCAAGUCUGGCUUAUUCUAUCCCGUCAGUAAGUUCCAAGGAUGUUCCCAGUUUGGCCGAGAUUCAAAAUGAAGAACGAAAAAGGCUGAGCAAGGAGCAAUCGAAGCUAGAGCAGCAACAGGAAGCGACCAGAAGUUCCCGUCCGAAACCCAAUGCGACAGGUUCUGCGUGGAAUGUUGUUCAUGAAAACACGACGCCAGUUGACCUAGCAGCUUUUCUAGGUCCACCGGAACCAAAGAAGCAACAGAAUCAUGCAAAAAACUAUCUGUCGAAGGUAGUGGAACCAAGCGCUGCACAAGCGAACAGUGUGUCGUCACACAGACAUGGUAGUGCUAUUAACGGAAAUUCAGAUCUAGGUAUGUCAUUAAACACAGAUAUGUUCAGAGCGUCUGAAGAUAAGGCGCCCGAAGUGCAAGGGAAAAAGUCACAAAACCAAAUGCAAAACACAAAGAAAGCCAAAAAGGAGAAACAGCAGCAGAAAUCUAUCAAGAAUUUAUUCAUGCCGAACCAAGUGAGCGCCGAAGAUGAGUUCCAGGGAUGGUGCUUGGACCAAAUAUUCACAAUUGAAGCUAUUGGAGAUGAUAUAGAUAUCCCGACGUUCGUGGAAAUGUUAAAAGAGUUUGACUCUCCGUAUGAAGUUCACGACACAGUCAAGCAGUUUCUUGGCGACACCAAAGAGUGUCAAAACUUUGCAAAGGAAUUUAUCAGCAGAAAAGCCAAGCUAAGCCAGGGCAAUAAAAAAGAAGUCAAAGCUAAUCCAGUCGCGGACACUUUUGCGCCUGUUCCACCUCCGGAACCUCAUCGUCAACAACGAAAUCAUACUGGAUUCUCUGCCACAAACAACUCGACUUCGAGCAACAAUCAAAUGCAGACCUCCCAUGGAAGUAAUUGCAGACCAUGGCACAACCAACCUCCGACCAACCAGAUGAGUUUACCGCAGCCGGAUAAGACUCCUCCGGGCAAGAGUGAACCUCCAGAUGGUAACAAAAGUGGCUCAAAGAAAGGCAAACAAAAGAAGGGUCAGAAAAUUAACCCCGCGUCCCUGCUACACAUUUCCACGCAGCCCUCGGCUGACAGGGUGAAAAUUGGGGAAAUCGAAAAGGCAGGGUAGCGAUCUGCCCGUACAUCGUAUCAGUGUAUUUGUCGUCAACUCCCCCAAGCUAUCUGUAUUUUAACUUUCAUGGUACUGCUGCUUGUAUCUAUGCCUUGGUGUAACAAACAACCCAAACGUAAAUGUCGCAUUUCAGCCAUUCUUAUGCAAUGAUCUUGGUUCCUCCUACUACGAUAUAUCAUACCAACUGAAGAAGGGCAUGUAUUAUCUGGUCUUUUCGAUGUCAUGAUGUCCUGUCAAAACCAUUUGGACGGUGGUCUCCGAUUGGCAAACAAGUCAACUGGAUGUUUCGAUCGACGUAUUUCUUUUCUAGACGGGCCUCGUGCUGAAUCUAUUUAUGUUGCCAGUACAACUACCAACGUUGCUCUUUUCUUGCUGUUUUUGCCUCACAUGUCGACAAGUAGUGGGAAUGUCUCGGCAGUGGAUAGUUAAUUUUGUUAAUAUGUAAAACUUGUUUUCUAACACUUCCUCGAAUUAUCGUCGUUGCUAAUCGAUACAUUACAUCAAAAUGGCAAUUGUAAAUUCAGUUUUUUAAACUGCU